CUUGUCGCAUCUUGUAGCUUGUGUCUGCUGGUGGCGCUUGAAAGGUUGAGACCGCUGUGCGCUUGCUCUGCAAUGGAAGGUGACAAUGGGCAUCGCUGUGUUUACCUCGACUAUAAUGCAACUGCACCGGUGGAAGAAGAGGUCCAGAAAUCCAUCAUAUAUGCCCUGCAGGUGGCUUGGGGAAAUCCAACGAGCAACCAUGAUGGAGGUACUGAAGCACGUAGAAUUAUAGAUGAAGCUCGUAUGUCGGUCGCAAUGAUUGGAGCAUCGCCACCAGAAAUUGUCUUCACAUCAGGAGGGACAGAGAGCAACAACAUGAUUAUUCACUCGCUUGUGCGUCACUUCAGGAAGACAAGGAGCAGCUUUGCACCCCUCUCCAACUGCAAGAUUCCUCAUGUUAUCACAAGCAACAUUGAGCACAAUUCAAUCCUGCUUACCUUGAAAGACUUGUGUGAAGAUGAGCAUAUAGACCUCACAGUUGUUCCUGUCUCAAAAGUCACUGGUACUGUGUCUGCCGAAGAAGUUAUCACUGCUAUUCGACCCAAUACUUGCUUCGUCACCAUCAUGUUGGCAAAACAACGAGACGGAAUAAUUCAGCCAGUUAAUACCAUUGGGACUCUGCUGAAGGACGUCAACCAGCAAAGAAAGAAGCACAGCCUCCCAGAGGUUCUGUUUCACACGGAUGCUGCACAAGCACUUGGCAAAGUGGCUGUGAAUGUGGAUGACCUGAAGGUGGACUAUUUGACGAUUGCAGGGCAUAAGUUCUAUGGACCUAGAACAGGAGCCCUCUACUUUCGAGACUCUAAGCCACUGUAUCCUCUCCUGUUUGGUGCGGGACAGGAGCGUGGUCUCAGGCCAGGGACACCCAACACUUGCAUGAUUGCUGGAGUUGGAACAGCAGCAAUGCUAGUAGCCAAGAACUUGGGCACAUAUCAUCAGCUUAUGAAAGACUCGAGAGAUUACUUGGAGGAAAAGCUGAAGGAAGCGUUUGGGCCUCUGGUAUCUUUCAACCAUAGAAAAGGGGCCCAGGCUUUGCCAAACACCUGUAGUGUAUCAUUUGCUGGAAUGAAGGGUCCUGAAAUCUUGGCCAAGGCUAAGUAUGUUCUAGCCAGCACAGGGGCUGCCUGUCACCACACAGCAACCCCUUCAAGAGUGCUGUUGAAUUCUGGAGUCCUGGAGGACAAUGCUCGUGGAACGCUUCGACUGAGCACAGGAAGGAAAACAACAUGUGCUGAUGUGGAUGCUGCCGUCAGGAUGCUUCAAGAUGCAGUAUCAGCAAUACAGGAGGAACAGUCUUCUGGGUAGUUGUACUGUCAGCAUGUGUUGCAACAUUAUCUGGUGAACGUAAACUAAAACAUCAGAUACACAUGCUUGGCUGGUGUGCAAGGCACGUUUAAUAUUACAGUGCUACAGUUCUAUAGCAUUGCUUUAGUAAUAUCGCUAAGUUACUAUAGUGAUCUGCUGGUGUGAUUUGUGGCAGUAUCUCAUGAAGUGAGGUAAGGCCUGCAAACACACAAGGAGAGGAGAACCAGACAACAGCUAUCAACUGAAAUGCUCAGGAGUAGCAGCAUCCCACAUCAGUCAGGCACAUGUGCGGGUCUAUGCGAGUGAUAACUGUUAAGGCAUUCCAUUUCUUCUUUAUGCAUGUUAAUUGAAGGCUGGCUUAUGUGUGCAUUUCCACUACUAUUGAUAUGCCAAGCCUCAACGGUAAGGCGCGAUUCUUUGUUCUGUUGUCCGCGUAAAACUGCAUUAUUUAAAUUUUGCCGUGCAUUUACCAUCGCGACUAUGUGACGGAAGGUGAUCAUCUGGUGAGUGACCUUUGGUGCUCAACUAAUCUCCCUUUAAUGUCCUGCCUGCGAUACGUAGAAGUGGCUGCAGCUGAAAGAAGCAUGUACCACACUGCUGUGGCAGUCAGUAAAUUAAUCAGUGUGUUUUACGAAACAAAUGUCUGCCUAUGUUUUCUCUUAUACCUGCUCAUUCUUUCUUUGCAUGGCGGUGCAUAUUUUUCCUAGCUUUUCGCAGCUGUAGAAACGUUAACACUAUAUCUACUUUCUACUAUUUUUAACCUCUCCCAUAAGGAAUGAAUAUGUGGAAUACCUACAAUUCUUUUUUUGUCCUUAUUGGUAACCAUGUUCAGACUUGAUGAAAUGGACUUUUUAAGGCGUUCAGCUACAGUAGCUACUACAACGCGGGGAUAACCUACUUUUAAAGGGACACUAAAGGCAAAUAUUAAGUCGACAUUGAUUGUUGAAAUAGCGGUCCAGAAACCUCGUAGUGCUACUUUUGUGCCAAGGACGUGCUUAUUUUGAAAUAAAAUGUUUUAGUGGUCCGCAUCGCGUUAGCGCACUUCAAAUCACCCGCCUGAAAGCGGUGCUUCUCACGUCACUACUGCCGUGCCUAACGUUGCCCGCCUUUACUGUGCGGAGGCGUGCACUGCCGGCGUGCGCCAUUCGGGCAUCCGGCAACAUCACAUGCAUGCGGCAUUUUGUCGAGCUUUCUGUCAGAGCGACUUUCACGAGCGCGCAAAACACACGCGGCAGUGCGCGAUAUCGAAACUACCACUGAAAUGUGACCACGUGAAAGGAGCAGGGUGCUGGCCGAAGCGCAGUUUGGCGAAAAUGAAACCUUUGAACCACGAGCGCCGUUCCCCUUGGCAACGCCAAAGAGGUUCUUUUUUCCGUGAAUCAAACAGAAACGAACAAGCAGCAUUUUAUUACGUAUCUUGAUGCACUGAAGGUUUUUUUUUUAUUGCAGCUAGUUUGAUUACGAGUGGUCAAUUGUAGUUGAACUCUCUCCCGUCAUCGGGAUCAUUUCCAAAAUGUGCCGCUCGUGGCGCUUAUCGUGUGAUACAUUAGGUUAAUUUCUCGGUAACUAGGGCACUGCUGUUGAUAAUAUUGCCGUUUUAGACAUUGUCAUACUUUGAGCUUUCACUCUGACAUAAAUUGUUAUUUGCCUUUAGUGUACCUUUAAUAGAUGCAUAGCCUGCUUAUUAAAGCUGGCACUCAUUUUGUGCAUGCAGGAUUUAAUGAGAGAAGACUUAAGGCACCAUGUGGCAGUUCAGUUUCUGAACACUUUAGAGUGCCGAGCUAAAAUAUUCAGAAAUGGUUUCGAAGAUCUAGGGGAAUAAUUCUAGUACUACACAUGGUUCUCCUAAAAUGUCACGGAAAUGGCUAGUAAUUGUAUUACACCACUCUGAGGUGGUAGUGGCUUCAUUAUGAUGGAGACUGAUUCUAAGAAAUGCUCAGGUGUUUGCUUGCCUUGGGUGCACAUCAGCAUUAUGUCAUUGUGUCUUUUCCAAACACUGUGUUGCUUUGGGAUGGUGAAGUGAAUUGAAUUGAAUUUAUUUACAACAAUGUAACAAUGUUGAGGGAAACUAGAAAAAAUAAGCUGAUAAAAACAGCUCAAGAGUGAUGUGGCCAGCCUAUACACACGUCUGCAUAAUGGGAGUCGCAACACGAAAAAAAUUAUAGAAUGCAUUGUAUGUGGCUCACAUACAAACAAAGCAUAUUUGUGUAUGCCUCGAGCCUGGAACUUAUACAAUAUUUCCAAUAAACAGCAGAAAUGAAAUGAACAAUCAGCAUAACUUUUCAAAAAUUUGAAUAAGUUUUUUUUAAAGAUGUUGUUCCUGGCAACAUUCUCUGUAGUUCUUUAAAUGAAACUUGUAGAAUGUCAGAGAGCUGUUCUCUGCCACUUGCAUUUAGUAAUGUGAGUCGCAAGAACUGUAGCACGUUUUUGCCAUAAUUUGUGCAACAUUUUUUUUUCUAUUUUUCCAGUUAGGCAUGUUAUAUUUUGUUAUGUUGGCUUCUAGUCCAACCAGCAUUACUAUAGUGCUUUAUUGUUAACUAAACCAAUUUCGUACUGCCAACAUAGGUUGUAAAUGUACAUGCAACUGACUAUAAUAAUACUAUGUCUUAUAAGGAGGGCUCAGAGUGAAAAAGGUAUGGAACAUCGCACACUAGUCAACUGACAUGCUUUUGCAGCACUGCAAGCUUGUUGAUACUAUUUUCAUUUUUAGUUUACCCCAAGCAAUCAAUUUUUAAUAAUUGGGGAAAAAAAAAGAAUGUAUAAAGAAGCGUGUUGGCAGUUUCAUGACAUUCAAAAGAAAUGGGGCAUAUCACACCAAUCAUAUUAUGCUAAUAAUCUGGUCUAUGUGGUCAUCCCAUCUCAUGUGUUUACUGAAGUGUGCUCCCAGUGUUUUUGUUGAUGGUACCAGCUCUAUCUUUAUGUCAUUUAACUUAGUUAGAGCAGGCUUAACAGGCUUGUUAUGACGUUGAAAUAGGGCUGCCUUAGUUUUGUUGGUGUUAUUUUUUAAAGGGGCCCUGCAACACUAUUUCAAGUAAUCGUCGAAUGGCUUCAUUGAAAGAGCUUAUUGCCUCACGAAUCA